CACCACCGUGAUGUUGCUGUCAAAGAGGCUGUUCUAGUGAGUCAGCCUUGAUGGGAUGUGACCGUGAUCUCUGAUAGACAACAAAUGCAGGGACCCGGAUUGAUUUAAAUAAACAGUGUUUAGUCUGUUGGGACCUGUGCAUCAGAAUAGCUUGCCGACUUCUUGCGCACGUGUUUGGAGCCUGCCAGUGUCGCCCAGUCAUGGCAGAGCAGGACCCUCCUCCUAAGAAAGCGCCGGCGGUGGCCGCACUGCAUUCCCAUUUCAUCAUUGGAUCAGUGUCCGAGGAAAACUCGGAAGAUGAGAUUCCGGGGAAGCCGGACCUGCAGGUUGAGGAGAAGGAUCGGUCGCUGUCACCUUCCUCCAUCAGCUCGGACAGCACGUACGAGAUGGGAUUCGAAAGCCUGGACGGGCAUCUGAGACCCAGCAUGUCAGGGCUCCAUCUAGUGAAACAGGGUCGAGAUCGACGACGCAUUGACUUACAGAGGGACUUCACUGUAGCGUCUCCCGCCGAAUUCGUCACUCGCUUCGGGGGCAACAAGGUCAUCGAGAAGGUUCUUAUUGCCAACAACGGAAUUGCAGCGGUCAAGUGCAUGCGUUCCAUCCGCCGGUGGGCGUACGAGAUGUUCCGGAACGAGCGGGCCAUCCGCUUUGUCGUCAUGGUUACUCCCGAGGACCUGAAGGCCAAUGCGGAGUACAUUAAAAUGGCAGACCAUUACGUACCCGUUCCUGGAGGGACGAAUAAUAACAACUAUGCCAACGUAGAGCUUAUUUUGGACAUUGCAAAACGCAUUCCAGUUCAGGCCGUGUGGGCCGGAUGGGGCCACGCCUCCGAGAACCCCAAACUCCCUGAGCUGCUGCACAAGAAUGGAAUUGCCUUCAUGGGUCCUCCCAGCCAGGCUAUGUGGGCGCUAGGUGAUAAAAUAGCCUCAUCCAUUGUGGCUCAGACUGCUGGCAUUCCUACACUACCCUGGAGUGGAACAGGACUGACUGUUGAUUGGUCGGAGAAUGAUCAGAAAAAGAGAAUCAUCAACGUUCCCCCCGAACUGUACGAGCAGGGCUGCAUACACGACGUGGAGGAUGGGCUAAAGGCCGCGGAGGAGGUGGGCUACCCGGUGAUGAUAAAAGCCUCUGAAGGCGGAGGAGGGAAGGGUAUCCGCAAGGUCAACAAUGCCGACGACUUCCCCAACCUCUUCAGACAGGUUCAAACAGAAGUGCCUGGUUCGCCGAUCUUUGUCAUGCGAUUGGCUAAACAUGCCCGUCACCUGGAGGUGCAGAUCCUGGCUGACCAAUACGGUAACGCCAUCUCUCUGUUCGGCCGUGACUGCUCGGUCCAGCGUCGGCACCAAAAAAUCAUUGAGGAGGCCCCAGCGACCAUCGCGACCUCCGACAUCUUUGAGAACAUGGAGAAGUGUGCAGUGAAGCUGGCUAAGAUGGUGGGCUACGUGAGUGCUGGCACGGUGGAAUAUCUGUACAGUCAAGACGGGAGUUUCUACUUCCUGGAGCUCAACCCACGUCUGCAGGUGGAACACCCCUGCACUGAGAUGGUCGCCGACGUCAACCUGCCUUCCGCACAACUACAGAUUGCCAUGGGCAUUCCUCUCCACCGUAUUAAGGACAUCAGAAUGCUGUACGGGGUCCAGCCCUGGGGAGAUUCCAUGAUAGACUUUGAAGGUCUCUCUACUGCCCCCUCUCCACGAGGUCAUGUCAUCGCAGCCCGUAUCACUAGCGAAAACCCAGACGAGGGCUUUAAGCCCAGCUCAGGCACAGUUCAGGAGCUGAAUUUCCGCAGUAAUAAGAACGUGUGGGGUUACUUCAGCGUGGCUGCGGCGGGAGGUCUGCACGAGUUCGCCGACUCUCAGUUCGGUCACUGCUUCUCCUGGGGAGAAAACCGAGAGGAGGCAAUAUCUAACAUGGUGGUGGCUUUAAAAGAGCUGUCGAUCAGGGGGGAUUUCCGGACCACGGUGGAAUAUCUCAUCAAACUGCUGGAGACAGAGAGUUUCCAGCAUAACAGCAUUGACACUGGCUGGCUGGACAGACUCAUCUCUGAGAAAAUGCAGGCGGAGCGUCCCGACACUAUGCUCGGGAUAGUGAGUGGUGCUCUACACGUGGCGGAUGUCACCCUCAGAAACAGUGUGUCAAACUUCCUACACUCUCUGGAAAGGGGACAGGUGCUGCCCGCUAACACUCUGCUGAACACGGUGGACGUGGAGCUGAUUUACGAGGGCACUAAGUACGUCCUGAAGGUCACGCGGCAGUCGCCCAACUCGUAUGUCGUCAUCAUGAACAGCUCCUCGGCCGAGGUGGACGUGCAUCGCCUUAGCGACGGGGGUCUGCUGCUGUCCUACGACGGAAGCAGCUACACCACCUACAUGAAGGAGGAGAUUGACCGGUACCGCAUCACCAUUGGAAACAAGACUUGCGUGUUUGAAAAGGAGAACGACCCCUCGCUCCUGCGGUCGCCCUCGGCUGGGAAACUCAUCCAGUUCACGGUGGAGGACGGCGGUCAUGUGUUUGCCGGGCAGUGCUAUGCUGAGAUUGAAGUAAUGAAGAUGGUGAUGACGUUGACAGCUGCUGAAUCAGGCUGUAUUCACUAUGUGAAGAGAGCGGGUGCUGUGCUGGAACCAGGCUGUGUCAUCGCUAAACUCCAGCUGGACGACCCCAGCAGAGUUCAGCAGGCGGAGCUGUUUACAGGAUCUCUGCCCAGUGUCCAAUCAGAGGCUUUGAGAGGAGAAAAACUGCACCGUGUCUUUCACAGCACCCUGGACCAUCUGGUCCACAUCAUGAGUGGCUACUGCCUGCCAGAGCCCUUCUUCAGUGCCAAGCUGAAAGAGUGGGUUGAGAGGUUGAUGAAAACACUACGCGACCCUUCUCUGCCGCUGCUGGAGCUCCAGGACAUCAUGACCAGCGUGUCGGGCCGUAUCCCUCCCGCCGUGGAGAAGGCCAUUAAGAAAGAGAUGGCCCAGUAUGCCAGUAACAUCACCUCUGUGCUCUGCCAGUUCCCCAGUCAGCAGAUUGCCAACAUCCUGGACAGCCACGCAGCCACUCUCAACAGGAAGUCUGAGAGAGAGGUGUUCUUCAUGAACACACAGAGCAUAGUACAGCUGGUGCAAAAGUACCGCAGUGGUAUCCGCGGCCACAUGAAGGCCGUUGUGAUGGAUCUCCUCAGGCAGUACCUGAAGGUGGAGGUCCAGUUCCAGCAUGGCCACUACGACAAGUGUGUUUUUACACUACGCGAAGAGAACAAAGGCGACAUGGCCAACGUCCUCAACUACAUCUUCUCCCACGCCCAGGUCACCAAGAAGAACAGUCUGGUCACCAUGCUGAUUGACCAGCUGUGCGGUCGUGACCCCACGCUGACCGACGAGCUCAUGGCCAUUCUUACAGAACUCACGCAGCUCAGUAAGACCACCAACGCCAAGGUGGCGCUCCGCGCCCGACAGGUGCUGAUUGCCUCUCAUCUCCCCUCAUAUGAGCUACGACACAAUCAGGUGGAGUCCAUCUUCCUCUCAGCCAUCGACAUGUACGGACACCAGUUCUGCAUUGAAAACUUACAGAAACUGAUCCUGUCUGAGACGUCCAUCUUCGACGUGCUGCCCAAUUUCUUCUACCACAGUAAUCAGGUGGUCAGGAUGGCAGCUCUGGAGGUGUACGUUCGCAGGGCUUACAUUGCUUACGAACUCAACAGCGUUCAGCAUCGCCAGCUGAAGGACAACACGUGCGUCGUGGAGUUUCAGUUCAUGCUGCCAACCUCCCAUCCCAACAGAGGGAACAUCCCCACUCUAAACAGAAUGUCCUUCUCGUCCAACCUGAAUCAUUACGGCAUGGUUCACGUAGCCAGUGUGAGCGACGUUCUCCUGGACACCUCCUUCACACCUCCCUGCCAGCGCAUGGGGGCCAUGGUCUCCUUCCGCUCCUUCCAGGAGUUCACCAGAAACUUCAACGAGGUGAUGAGUUGUUUCUCAGACUCUCGUCCAUCCAGCCCAACCUUUCCCGAGGGGGGAAACCCCGUGCUAUACGGAGAGGAGGACAAUAAGAGCACACAAGACGAGCCCAUUCAUAUCCUCAACGUCGCCAUUAAAACUGACAGCGAUAUCGACGACGACGGCUUGGCCGCCAUGUUCCGCGAGUUCACUCAAUCCAAGAAAUCUCAGCUAUUCGAGCACGGAAUCCGCAGACUGACUUUCCUGGUGGCUCAGAAGGAUUUCAGGAAGCAAGUCAACUGUGAGGUGGAUCAGAGGUUCCAUAGAGAGUUUCCUAAAUUUUUCACCUUCCGUGCCAGAGACAAGUUUGAAGAGGAUCGUAUCUACAGACACCUGGAGCCAGCGUUGGCUUUCCAGCUGGAGUUAAACCGCAUGCGUAACUUUGCCCUGACCGCCAUCCCCUGUGCCAACCAUAAAAUGCACCUUUACCUGGGCGCUGCCCGCGUGGAGGUCGGCACGGAGGUCACGGACUACCGCUUCUUCGUCCGAGCCAUCAUCCGUCACUCUGACCUGGUCACUAAGGAGGCUUCGUUCGAGUACUUGCAUAACGAGGCGGAGCGGCUGCUGCUGGAGGCCAUGGACGAGUUGGAGGUGGCCUUCAAUAACACCACAGUCCGCACAGACUGCAACCACAUCUUCCUCAACUUCGUCCCCACUGUAAUCAUGGACCCCUCCAAGAUCGAGGAGUCGGUGCGUUCCAUGGUGAUGAGGUACGGCAGUCGACUGUGGAAACUGCGUGUCCUCCAGGCCGAGUUGAAAAUCAACAUUCGUCUGACACCCACAGGCAAACAGAUCCCCAUCCGCCUCUUCCUCACCAACGAGUCGGGUUACUACCUGGACAUCAGCCUCUAUAAGGAGGUCACCGACUCCCGUACGGGACAGGUGGGGCCCAAAGACCGACAGAUCAUGUUCCAGGCGUACGGGGACAAGCAGGGCCCUCUCCACGGCAUGCUAAUCAAUACACCCUACGUCACUAAGGACCUGCUCCAGUCCAAAAGGUUCCAGGCCCAGUCUCUGGGUACCACCUACGUUUACGACUUCCCCGAGAUGUUCCGACAGGCUCUGAGGAAGCUGUGGCAGUCCAUGGAUGCUCACUGCCAACUGCCCAAAUGCCCUCUGCCCUCCGAGCUGCUGACCUUCACCGAGCUGGUGCUGGACUCCCAGGGCCAGCUGGUCCAAAUGAACCGCCUACCUGGAGGAAACGAGAUCGGCAUGGUGGCGUGGCGCAUGACGCUCAGGACUCCGGAAUACCCCGGCGGCCGCGAGAUCAUCGUCAUCAGCAACGACAUCACGCACAAAAUCGGCUCGUUUGGGCCGCAGGAAGACGCCCUGUUCCAGCAGGCGUCCGAGAUGGCGCGCGAGAGCGGCAUCCCGCGAGUGUACAUCGCCGCCAACAGCGGCGCCCGCAUCGGACUGGCAGAGGAAAUCCGACACAUGUUCCACGUGGCCUGGCAGGACCCCGUUGACCCCUAUAAGGGAUUUAAAUACCUGUACCUCACACCUCAAGAUUACAAGAAGGUAUCCGCUCUGAACUCGGUUCACUGUGAACACGUGGAGGAUGAAGGAGAAUCCAGGUAUAAAAUCACCGACAUCAUCGGGAAAGAAGAGGGUCUGGGUGUAGAGAAUCUUAGAGGAUCUGGAAUGAUCGCUGGAGAAUCAUCUCUGGCCUACGAGGAGAUUAUCACCAUGAACCUGGUGACAUGCCGGGCCAUAGGUAUCGGGGCGUACCUGGUCAGGCUGGGUCAGAGGACCAUACAGGUGGAGAAUUCUCACAUCAUCCUGACUGGAGCAGGAGCCUUGAAUAAGGUGUUGGGUCGAGAGGUGUACACCUCCAACAACCAGCUGGGGGGAAUUCAGAUCAUGCACAACAACGGGGUCACACACAGCACCGUUUGUGAUGACUUUGAGGGGGUUUAUACCUUACUGCAGUGGCUCUCUUACAUGCCCCAGUGUACGUCUAGCCCCGUGCCCCUGCUCAUCCCCAAGGAUCCAAUCGACCGGCCCGUGGAAUUCGCGCCCACCAAGGCGCCCUACGACCCACGCUGGAUGCUCGCAGGACGAGCCAGCCAGAAUCCAAAGGGGGCAUGGGUGAGUGGUUUCUUUGACCAUGGCUCUUUCCUGGAGAUCAUGCAGCCGUGGGCACAGAGCGUGGUGGUAGGUAGAGCCAGAUUGGGUGGGAUUCCAACUGGAGUGGUUGCCGUAGAAACCAGAACCGUGGAGCUGUCUAUCCCAGCUGACCCGGCUAAUCUUGACUCGGAGGCCAAAAUCAUCCAGCAGGCAGGACAGGUGUGGUUCCCAGACUCGGCCUUUAAGACCGCCCAGGCCAUCAAGGACUUUAACAGAGAGGGCCUUCCCCUCAUCGUCUUCGCCAACUGGAGGGGUUUCUCGGGGGGCAUGAAAGACAUGUAUGACCAGGUGCUGAAGUUCGGGGCCUACAUCGUGGACGGACUGAGAGAGUACAGGCAGCCGGUGCUGGUCUAUAUCCCACCCCAGGCCGAACUCAGGGGGGGGUCUUGGGUAGUUAUUGACCCCACCAUCAACCCACGCCACAUGGAGAUGUAUGCAGACAAAGAAAGCCGUGGAGGAGUGCUGGAGCCAGAGGGUACGGUAGAGAUCAAGUUCCGUAAGAAAGACCUGGUGAAGACCAUGAGACGAGUGGAUCCUGUCUACACGGGACUCGCAGAGGGACUGGGCACCCCGGAGCUGAGCUCAGCAGAGCGGAAAGAGCUGGAGACCAAACUGAAGGAGAGGGAGGAGUUCCUGCUGCCCAUCUAUCACCAAGUGGCCGUACAGUUCGCCGACCUCCACGACACGCCGGGACGCAUGCAGGAGAAGGGCGUGAUCACGGACGUCCUGGAGUGGAGGACCUCUCGGCAGUUCUUCUACUGGCGUCUGAGGAGACUGCUAUUGGAGGACACGGUGAAGAGGAAGAUCCAGGCAGCCAAUAGCGAGCUGACAGAUGGUCAGGUCCAGGCAAUGCUGCGGCGUUGGUUCGUGGAGGCGGAGGGAGCUGUUAAGGCUUAUCUGUGGGACAGUAAUGAAGAUGUGGUGGAGUGGUUGGAGCGGCAGCAGACGGAGGAGGAUGGUGCCAGGUCUGUCAUCGACGAGAACAUUAAAUACAUCCGCAGGGACCACAUUCUCAAGCAGAUCCGCGGCCUGGUCCAAGCCAACCCCGAGGUUGCCAUGGAUUCCAUCGUCCACAUGACACAGCACAUCUCUCCGACACAGCGAGCGGAGGUGGUGCGCAUUCUGUCCACCAUGGACGCCCCGUCGUCAUCGUAGACGCGCACACAACACAUCAUCCAUCCUCCACUCGACAGAGCCCCCUGGAGUCCGGGGCCACUGACUUCUCUCAAUGCUCCGGCGGAUUAGCCGCUGGAACGUAGGGGCAAAGAGGAGCCAACGCGAAGCAAAGGGGCCGGAUAGGACUUUUUUUCUCACGUAUUACGUGUUGGCUGUGAUUCUACAGAGCGGGGAGUUUUUUCUUUUUGGCGAAUACUCCGCCACUGCUCUCAGUGUAAAAAGCUUUGAGUCAAAACGUUAUGCAACUGAGUUGAACAACGUCUUAAAGAGGAAAAAAAAAAAAAUAGUGAAAUAUUUAUGUUAUUUGUAUAGCAUCACAUUCCAUAAGCAGUCAAGUGCUGUUUGAAAUAUAAUCGAUGAACUAUGA